UCUAUCCGAGAACUGAUCCGCAUUAUUUAACUCUAUUCACUUCAAAGAACCGUUUAUUUGGCUCUUAUAGGUUUAUAUUGUUUUUAUCUGACUCCAAAAGGCUGUCAGCUAACUACAAACGACUCUUUUACACAUGAGAUUUGGUUUGCGACGUUCCCUAAAAAGAACCGUUCAUUCGCAAACGACCUAUCAUCCGCCACUUUGUUUAGGCGACCAAAGCUACUGAACUUAGCAACUUAUAUUACCAGUGAACAGGUACAAUCGAAUGUAUUAACAACUGUAGACUAGGAUCAACACAACUACAUUAACACAAUGGCAUUUGCAGACGAUGUCGGAUGGACAUGGUCCCCGGAGGAGACAAAGGCGCUUAUCUCCGUAUGGUCAGACGAGCAGAUUCUUCUGAAGAUGGAGCAAACGUAUAGAAACAAACAUGUUUACAGCGAAAUUUCAGAGCGGCUGAAGGACCUUGGUGUCAAACGGACAUGGAAACAGUGCCAAAAUAAGAUGAAGGCCUUGAAGUGGAGAUACAGAGAGACCCUUAGGAAUCCAAGUAGCCGACCGUGUCCAUUCUUUUCUAAACUGCACAAAUUUCUCGCCGCCAUGCCUGACAUGCCUGAAUCCAAGGAAACUGGCGAUGAAGAAGAUGAGGAGGAUGAUGGUCCCCCUCUUCCUCUGUCGUCUCUGCGUCUUUUUGUUCCUCCACUGCGUUUGGUGUCGGCAGCUCUAUGGCAAGUUGUUCAGCAGGGAGACAUAAUGGACUACGGCUUGGUGGAGGAGUUUGUAACCACUGUGUUGGAGGUGGUCCCGGAUAUGAUGAGUUACAGAGAGAAAGUCCAACUCGUCAUGGGGCUGCGGGCACAGCUGGUUCUGGAGUUGUGUCGAUCUGAUCAGUCAGCUGACCCAGAGACCAUCCAGCCACACCUGAGCCGAAUGAGGACCUGCAUCAUCACUCAUACAGAAAAGGAGAUUGAUCCAGAGGUGGAAGCAUCGGAAUCAAACUUCUUGGAACUGGUCCAAACCCUUUUAGAUGACCCAAUUGAGAGAGAACACUUCUUCCAGGAAAUCUUCCCAGAAGAAUUCGGCCCCAUGUAUGACAAUGCACUGCAGACCCUAAUGUGGGAGUUCCUAUCCAGACUGGAGAAGCUGCUUCCAACACCUUCCUUUCAACAGACUGCAUCAUGGCUCAGACCUGCUCCCUCUCUGCUAAAGGAGUGUGCACAGACUGUAACUCAACCACAACCUUUGAAGACUCUCCUCCAGCACCACAGAUGCCAUGGUUCUUUGUUCACUAAUGCACAUUCAUCUUCUGCCAACAAUCGCAUCCUCUCUUCACUGUCUCACUCAUUCUCAGAGAGGAUGGAAAUGGACAUUGAUGAAUCACGCCAGAACAGUCAGUCUGUUGCCACUUGUGCUCCCAGUAAUGAAUGGGACACCUUAACAGAGCAAGGUAAUGCAGAAGAGCAGCGGACGAGUUUGGACACAGUUAAGAAACCAGUAGAAAUGACUGAAAGAAGGACAAAAGAAUGGGGAGAGAACUAUGAGGAAAGACUGCAACACCAGUUGGCUUAUGAUGUUUUAAAGGUAGAGAUUGUAGAUGGAGACGAUAUGUCAGAAACGUCCUCAAUGACCACAGACGAUGUAGGAUGGACUUGCUGGACCCCAGGAGAGACCAAGGCACUGAUAUCCGUAUGGUCAGAUGAACAUAUUCUUCAUAAGAUGGAGCAAACAUAUAGAAAAAAACACGUGUACACAGAAAUUUCGGAGUGUUUAAAGGAGCUAGGCGUAAAAAGGACUUGGAAGCAGUGCCACAAUAAGGUAAAGGCCUUAAAGUGGAGAUACAGAGAAACGCUGAGGAACGCAAGUAGUCGACCCUGCCCAUUCUUUUCUGAACUGCACAAAUUUCUUGCCCCCGUGCCUGAUACUCCUCAGCAUAAGGAACCUGGCAAGGUUUCAGGUGAUGUACGCUUUUGGGAUCAGGAUGAAAGGCCUCACGCUUUUGUUGAUUCGGAAGAACCUUCACAUGAGGAAAUGGCUUCUAGAAAAGUGACACAGAGCUCACUUGGGGCAGAGCGAACAGAACAGAAAAACAGUGAGGGAGCCUUUCACAGCCUUCCAAGUGACAGCAGGAUGAAAAUCCAAAGAAAAACAAGUCAUCGCAAAAAUAUGGCCGAAGACAUGUCCUCAACGUCAUCCGACAACGACACGCGGACCUGGACGCUGGAAGGGACAAAAGCGCUAAUCUCUGUGUGGUCAAACGGACAGGUUCUUCAGAUGAUGGAGCAAAGUUACAGAAAAAAACAUGCCUACAGUGAAGUUUCAGAGCGGUUGAAGAAUCUUGGCAUCAGAAGGACUUGGAAGCAGUGCCAAUCAAAGAUUAAGCACAUGAAGCACAGCUACAGGCAAGCUCUGAGGAACCCAAGUAGUGGUCGAGCCACCUGUCCAUUCUUUCCGGAACUACAUGCAUUUCUUUCCAGCAUGCCUGAUAUGCCUGAGUCCAAGGAAACUGCUGUGGUUUCAGAUGGAGACCUCUUGUCCUCAGACCAGGAUGAAGGGCCUUCGGUUGAUGUCCAGUUAGACCCUCUUCGUGAAGACAUUGGUUUAAAAAAUGUGACACAGAAGACACUCACCGCAGAGCAAACAGAAGACACAAAGGGGGAUGACAGUGACAGCAGGAUUAAUUUGGGUAGGAAGCGUGAGGUUGAAGACAUGUCUGAUUUGGAACUUCAGCCUGUAGUACUGCUGACACAACUUGAUGACAAUGGUCUUUUGACGGGUGGCGCUUCUCAUUCUUUUACCCAUAACGUCAGGCAUUCUCCUAAAAGAAGUAAGCGUGCCAAAAUAUGCUCCUUCUGUGGAAGGAGUUUUCUUGGAGCAAAGGAUUUGACAACACACAUGAGAACUCACACCGAGCAGAGCCCUCACCAGUGUACCAAGUGUGGGGAAGGCUUUGAACAUCUGGACGACCUACAAAAACAUCAGCAGAAUGAAUGUGAGGAGAUGAACCAACAGGAAGUCAAUGAACCCCAGCUUGGAAAGAAGGACUGGAUGUCAAGACUGUCCAGUACUGAUUCCAAAACAUGCCAGCUAUGUCAUAAGACUUUUGAAUUUCAAUAUUUGUUAAGAAGGCAUCUUAUUUUAUUUCACAAAGGCAAAAGCCUUUUUAAGUGCCCUCUGUGUCUGAAGGGUUUUGCCUUCCUCAGCGCUCUGAAGAAACACCAGAAUAACAAAAGAGGUUGUCCUACAAGUGAAGGCAUCAAAAAGAGGAGGGAGCUAGGACCAAAACCCUCCUUUGGUCAUGUCAUCAAAAGGCGUUUUAAGUGUCCCCGUUGUUUGAAGGCUUUUGUAUCCCAUAGUCAAUUAAAAAGACACCAGGAAAACAAAAGAGGUUGUGGGAUAGAGAGAGUUGAAAAAAAUGGGAGGAAGCAGACAUGGACACUGACUCCUGGGGAAAAUAGUAAAGACAUUCCUCAGCCUUCCAGUCUAGCAACUGAGGAACCAACUACCUCCUAUGCCGUCACCACUUCAGCACAUUCCUCAAAUAAAAAGACUAUUCCCAAAGCAUGUCCUAUCUGCCAUAAGACGUUCACCUUUGAAGCUACCAUGAUAAGGCACAUUGCUUCUCACCAAAAGGAAAGUCUCAACAAGUGCCCUGAUAUCUUAAAGUGCAACUUUUGUAAAGAGACGUUUUCUCGUGGCAUGGAACUGAAGAUCCACUACAGUCGUGUUCAUCAAUUUACGGGUCCGUUCCCCUGUCCUUCUUGUCAGAAGACAUUUGUUUCAUUAACUGAGUUGCGUUUACAUCAGAGGAAUGAGCCAACGCCAUACCAGUGCUCUGUGUGCCAGCGUUUCUUCAGAACGCAGUAUACCUUGACCAUUCACGAACGAAUUCACACAGGGGAGAAACCAUUUGUCUGUGCUGAGUGUGGAAAGGGUUUCCGGAGUGAAAAGCUCCUGCAAUCCCACUCGAAGAGUCAUGUUGAGGGAAAGCCGCACGCUUGUUCUACUUGUGGACGAAGGUUCCAGAGAGAAGAGCUUUUGAAACAACAUAUGUUGCAUCACAAAGAUGCAGCUUUUGUCUGCCCAGACUGUGGCAAGAAGUUUUUCCAGCUGACAUGGUUAAGAAGGCAUAUGUUUAUGCACACCGGUGAAAGGCCGUUUCUCUGUGACCUCUGCGGCAAGGGUUUUAAGUCUACGGCUGAGCUGAAGAUACACACCAUGACCCACACAGGAGAGCGGCCAUUCAAGUGCCCAGAAUGUGGUAAAGGCUGUAGGCAGAAGAGUGAGCUGCAAGAACAUCGGAGAAGACACACGGGAGAGCGUCCGUAUCCAUGCUCCAUGUGUGAUAAACGCUUUUAUAGUAACAAAGACCGAAAACGGCAUAUGCUCAUCCAUACUGGAGAGAAACCGUACAAAUGUCAAGCAUGUGGCAUGGCUUUCAACCGUGGAGCACUUUUGAGUGUGCACCAAAACAAGUCAUGUGUAUAUAGGCAUACAAGUCCUCUACAUUACACUCCUCUACAAUACACAUCGUUGUAAUGAUGAGCUUUAGCUUUAGGAAUGUUUGUACCUUGAUUAGAAAAAAGCUUGAUGUUUUUAUUUAUGUCUUUAUUUAGGGCAAUAUUAUUAUUUUUCACAGUGUUAUGUUUUCCUUCCUUAUUUCCUGCACCUUUAAGUCAUCAUCCUGUGUAUAUAUAACAUAAAUUGGGCAUGUGAAUUCAAAACAAAGUGUUUUGUCACAUGACUAUGAGUGUAUGCGACUCCAUUUUGUAUUUCCAUGACUGUGAUUUGGUUUUUGAUUCUGUUGCACAGAUGAUCAGACUGUUAACUCUAAUAUUGAUUGGGUUCCUGUAAUGUUAAACAUUACUUGUUUUACCACCGUUGCAUUCUUUUUUUGGUAGAACUACCUAAAUAAAAAUGUAUUGGAUGUAUAGGAUUGUGCUUCUUGUUAUUGUUAGGUGUGUGGAUAUGAUACAGUGGUAUAUACGCAUAGCCUAUAUUAGCAUCGAGCAAACUGCAAGUUGUAGAAGCAGGGCUUAGAAAUUCAAAACAGGAAUCUAAUAAUAAUACUUUUAUAGUUCUGUGUUUUAGCAAAAGGAAUUUAAGCAAUUCACAGAAUAAUGUUCAACUGUCUCUUUUUAGCUCAUUUAUCAUCUCAUGAACAUAACUAAAGGCACCUAAAUAGGUGAUCUAGAUGUCCUUUGAAGUGGAGUAUAUUUUCUGUAUAUCUCCUCUUCUUCAAGCAAAACUAGGUCCAACAAGACGUAUUUCUAGCAAAUAAUGAUAUCAUUUAAUUGUGGUGUGAAACAUCACAGAAGCUGAGUGAUAUGGAACACAUGAGAUUAGCAUCUGGCUCUACUCAAGCAAAUAGUGUAGGCUAAGGCUGAAAGAAAGGUAUUAGUCUACAGGCUCUCCCAGUUUUAAAAGGUGAGCGAGACUGCACCAAAGGUGUUUGUCUUGGGACUGUCUGUUCCAAGGAUUAGAUUCUGCCUAAUUCACUGUCCUCACUAUAUUUUUAAGAAAUGCUCCCUUGUUUAUACUUUAAACAUGCAAUUGAGUGUGUUGUGUGGUUAUCUGAGAUCAGACUUACAUGAUGGAAAAAAAAACUAGGCAAAUAUGUUAGCUAGACACUGCUUACAACUGUACCAGAGAAUUGUACUCUCAAAAAAGGACAACGACGCAAGUUAUUUUGUUCAUGUUGAAAUAGAAAAUUGUCCACUAGUUGCAUUUCAAUCUGUUAUGGAACCCUCUAUGGUCCGGGAGCUCAAAGGCCAUUAUCUAGAGUUGGUCAGCUUUUUUGUUGCAGGGAGAUAAUGGAGUGGGUUUGUGAUUGCCUUGUAUUCAGGCAUAUCUUGACAGCACUAGCACUUCAUCUUAUGGCGACAAGUGAACAGCACUACUCUGAGUUGUCACCUUGACUGGUCACUGCCAGUCAAGUGAAACUUUUCUUUUGCAUUGCCUGAGGUGGUACAAAACCUCAAUUUGAAUGUAGAACAUUGAUCACACAACCCUUUUCAGCUUAACCUACCCACUUAGCAAAAUAUUCUGGAAGACUUCUUUUCAAUGUCCUUUGCUCUGUGGUUAGUUGGUAAUAACAUUGAGUUGAAGAUGCUUUGACGUUACGUUCUACUUUAAAUCCUAUCAGGUGUCUUCCCUCUGUCUCAUAACCUUCCAAACAAAAGUAAAUAACACUCCACAAUUAAAAAAAAAACUGUACCUAAACUUCAUGAAGUAGCACUCCUUUACCCAGUGCAUGUAACUAGCUGCUAAUUGGGACUAAUUAAAAAGACAACUUCCACUGACAUUCUUAGAAAAGACAGUAUAGCCACUGAAAACCUAGCCAUAAAAUGAAUCCCCUUCUCCCCUUUUCAGAAUCAUAAAGUGCCCCAAAUGAUUCUGAUUUAAAUGUACUUUGCAACUGCUACAGAUAUACAUAACCACAUGGGGAAACAACAUUUCUCACUUUUGAGGUGAAAAAUUGUUAUGACAAAACAGCACUCAUAAAUGUUCUAUACAUUGUAGCCUACCAGGUGGAAAAUCAAGGUUCCUAUCUGACUUCCAAUAUAGUGCCAUCUUGCAACUAUCCACCCUAUGCCAUAAUGUUUGUUUUAUUGACCCAAGAUACACAUCCUGUAAUCUUCAAUGUGAGCAAGCAUAUUGGUAACCACAAGGAUGAAGAGGUGAGUCCAGCGUGAGCUAUAGGCAGCCUAUUCCCGUGUUCAAGCAUUUAUUGUACUACUUUAAAGUAUGUGAACCC